ACACACCUCAAGGACUGUGAUAGCUACUGAGAAAAGUAGAUCUAGACAAAGUGAUCUUCCUGGGUGUGAACGUCAAAGACUCACAGAAACACUCAAGAAAUUUUACCAACUCAUAAGGCUGAAUUGCUUGCAAACAGCACAACACUCAGAGGUUCCUUUAGAACUCCAUCCUCCAUCAUGCCUGCCAGACAGACGGCCAUGUUUCUAGUGGCAGUGGUCCUUCCAGGCCUCAUUCACUGCUUCCAACCAUUCUUCGCAGUCGAUGAAACUUCCAUCACUCAUCGUGACAUCACUCGAAGGGCGGUUCUGAGAAAGAUAGCGGAGGUCUGCCGAGACAUUGCUGCCUCUGAGGGACGGGACUUCAGCCUGAUUAUUAAUGACAACCUCUCAGUUGCCCAGGUGCAAAAAGCCUGUUCCUCCUCACCCACAUCCACAUCUCCCCUCUCCACUGACAUGUUACAAACUGCCAUAGAUGAGAUCUACUACAGCAAUGGGAAUGUGGAUUCCUCACUGGCACUGAGAGUGGAGUACCAUUUUGACGAUGAGACCUUCCAAGAAGGACGAAAUAUCAUCACAGCUGGUGUGUCCUCUGUGAAGGCCAAUGUGAAGCUGGGAAACGUUGAUGCAGGGAGGCAGACACUUGGGCAAGUUUGUCAUACUCUGCAGGACUUCUACAGUCACAGUAACUGGGUGGAGCUGGGCAAAACCACCCCUUACAGCACUCUGAUCAAACCAGACGAGCCCCUGGAGAACUUAGCAGGCCCGGAGACUCCAACUUGUAGGAGCUGCACAGGAACUACUUGUACUGACAACAUUCUGCCUGAAGUCCUGUCGCAGGGGCUUCUCACUUCAGGCUACUUCAACAUUCGCUCCUCUGCAAAACCUGCAGGUAAAUGUAGCCAUGGUGGAUUUUUUGACAAGACAAGCAAAAAGGACCCAGUGGGGGGCAUCAAUAAGGAUGCUGUUGAGUCCGAUCAUGGCUCACUUCACAACAAAGCAGCAAACUUGGCAGUAGAUGCCACCAUGGAGCUGCUGGAGGACAUCAGAGUAGCUGUUGGAGACAAGGACUUCCUACGACUGAUGGGCCUCUCCCAGUCCUCUGUGCUGUGUUUUGUCAUUGACACCACAGGAAGCAUGAGUGACGACAUAGCUGAGGCGAAGAGAGUUUCCUUUGACAUCAUUGAUCGUAAGAGAGGAACACCACAAGAGCCCUCUGCCUACAUACUGGUGCCUUUCAACGACCCAGAUUUUGGACCUGUGAUAAAGACAACUGAUGCAGACAUCUUCAAAGACCACAUCAGCAGGAUCAUCCCAAAUGGAGGAGGGGACAACCCAGAGUUGUGUCUGUCUGGACUACGGCUUGCCCUGACUGCUGCUCCACGCUCCUCUGAGAUCUUCGUUUUUACGGACGCUCCAGCCAAAGAUUUCCAUCUGAAAAGCACCGUCACUGCUCUUAUAGAGAACACCAAGUCUCAGGUGAAUUUCAUGCUGACAGACGUCCUCUCAAGUCGACGGCGUCGCAGUGAUCUUCAAAGUUUCGCUUCACGUAUCCUGAGCCAAUCAGAUACCCAGCUGUACCGUGAUCUAGCACGAUCCUCUGGAGGUCAGGCCAUUGAGGUCACCAAGUCAGACCUCUCUCUGGCUACAAGUGUAAUAGAGGAUUCAUCAGCCAGUGCUGUGGUGACGGUUUUCCAGGUGGUGAUGAAUCCUGGACGACCUGAUAAUUUUACUUUUAUUGCUGAUGCAUCAGUAAGCAACAUGAUCAUCUACAUCACAGGAGCCUCAUCUCUCACCUUCAGACUCACCAGCUCCACAGGUGUAUCCCAGAGUUCAAGUCAGUCCAGUGGUCCUCUGGCAUCUUUCACCACAGUGGGAAACCUACGUCGGUUGAGCCUCAACAUCACUGAUCAAACAGGACUUUGGGAAAUUAGUGUUAACUCUAACAGUCCCUACUCUGUUAAGGUCAUUGGUCAAAGUUCAGUGAACUUUGUCUAUAACCUUGUGGAAGCUCAUGAGGGAGCCCACAGUGGCUUCAGUCUCCAGAGUGGACGCCCUCCUACAGGUGGUAAUAUUACCCUCCUGGUCACUGUGACAGGAAGUGACACAGUAACAGUCACAGAGAUCACGCUGUUUGACAGCUCAGGAUCAAGAGAGAUCAAUGGAUCACUACAGUCAUUAGGAAGUGGUAACUUUCUGGUAAGAUUUAGUGCAGUUCCAGCAGGUGACUAUGUGGUUCAACUUAGAGGUCAGGACAGCAGCUCCAGCUCUAGAUCAACACCGAGCAGCUUCCAGAGACAGGCGUCCACGCAGAUCAAGACCUCCAGUGUCUCUGUUACUGCCCAAGCUGACAACAUCAACAUAGAACCAGGUUCUACCAUCUCCAUCCCUUUCACAGUCUCCUCAGACUCAGCUGGGACGUUCUCAGUGACUGUCAACAAUGACCGGAGCUUUUCCUCCACUUCACCCAGCACUGUCGUGAUAACAGCAGAAAGUGGAGGUAAAGCCAAUGGCACUGUAACCUUAACAACACCAGCCAGUACUGCAUCAGGAACAGACGUGACCCUAACCAUCGAGGCGCAAAAUGCAGCUGGCACCGAUACCAAUUACGCUGUCCUCAGGCUCUCUGUGACUGCCAAGGUGACAGAUUUGACCAGUCCAGUGUGCCAGGUAGUCAAUAUAUCAGGUAUCUGUCCUGCAUCUUCUUCACUCUGUGCUUUGUCUCAGUGGGAGUUCACUGCUAAUCUCACUGAUGGCGUCAAUGGGACUGGCAUUGAGAGCAUCACAAUCCGCCAAGGGAACGGUAUCCUCAACACCAGCACGGUCGUAGGAACAGGGGGCGAGAACAUUACACUGGCUACCUACAGCGCCUCCUGCUGUUCACAGACUGUGGUGCUGGCUGCUGUGGACAAAACAGGAAAUGUGGGGACAUGUGUGGGACAGGCUAGGGCACUGACCACACUUGCCCCUGUGACUAAUACUACCCCUAUUACUACAACUAUGACUACAACUGACCCUGUUACUGCAACUACUCCAAUGACUACAGCUGCAGUUGGAACAACAUCCACUGGAGGGCACACUUUGACCAUAUCACACUUCCUCUGGAUCAGUGUUGUGGUUUCUAUUCUUUGGCAGUAAAAGAAACAAAUCAGACAAAUCAUUUUUUUUCUCAAAUCAACCUUUUUCUCUUUUCACAGUUUGUGUUGAAUUUAAUUACCAUUCCUCAUGUGAAAUCAUGGAUAUUGAAUAUUUGAUUUUCUUGAACGAAAGCAUCAACAUCAUGUGCAACUCUUAAUUUCUUGUUGUAGACCUAAUUAAGGUAGUAAGCUCAUGUGGAAUUGCCUGAAAUAGCUACUAGAUUUUGGUCCCAUUCAGUUCACUAAUGACUACUUUUACUUUUGAUUCUUUAAAUGCAUGUUACCACUCAUAUUUUUAACUUCUACUUAAAAGCAAAGUAUGUAUUUUAUGCUGCUAUGAAUCUCUCAACAAAAAUA